GCAAAUUAAAAGUAAAGCAAACACCCAAGUGAAACGGCCCCCUCCCUGCCUCCACCAAUUAGCGUCCAAUCUCGAUUAAUUACCCUCAGCAAUUGAAUGAAAUUACAGCGUGUCUCGAGCACGCCUAAUCCACUACAACACCUAGAGCUGAUAGUGAAAAAUGCCGUUAUUUGCUUAUAUCUACGACCGGUCGCAGGUCACAACAGUGCUGUCGUAGAGCCGGAACGAUGCUCUUCCGUCGUGUUCUCGCCCAACUCUCCACACGCCCCAAGAGUUCGCUCGUGAGCGCCAACACAGUCCUCCACUUCGACGAGAUCCCGUCCCCGAAGGGGCUCCCACUCGUGGGCACCACCCUCGCGCUCAUCGCCCACGGCUCGACCCCCAAGCUGCACGACUACGUGGACAAGCGCCACAAGCAGCUGGGGCCCAUCUUCAAGGAGAAACUAGGCCCAGUGAGUGCGGUUUUUGUCGCAGACCCGGACGAGAUCAGGGCGGUGUUCGACCACGAGGGCAAGCACCCCCUGCAUGUGCUGCCCGACGCCUGGGUGGCCUACAACCAGAUGUACGGCUGCCCCAGAGGGCUGUUUUUCAUGGAUGGGGCCAACUGGUGGUACCACAGGAGGAUCAUGAAUCGGCUGCUCUUGAAAGGCGAUUUUAGGUGGAUUGAGGGGGCGUGCGAGUGUGUCAGUGAUAAACUUAUCGAUAGUUUGAUGGGCGAAAGUGACUAUUGUGGGAAUUUGGAAGCCACUUUGUACAAGUGGUCGUUGGACGUUAUCGUCUCGAUUUUAUUAGGCAGUGGUAGUUAUAGCCAACUUUGUGGGGAGUUGGAACCUAAAGUACAAAAACUGGCCCAAGUGACACACUUGGUGUUCCAAACUAGCGCCAAAUUGGCCUUAAUUCCGGCCUCUUUCGCGUCCAAAUUCAAAAUACCGCAGUGGCGGCGUUUUGUCGACUCCGUGGACAAUGCCUUGGCUCAAGCUAACGCGCUUGUGGACACGCUUAUCGAGAAAAAGCCGCACAGUGACGGCCUCCUCCCUAAACUCCUGGCCGAACAAAUCACCCUGGAGGACAUCAAACGGAUUAUCGUGGACCUCGUGUUGGCAGCCGGUGACACGACCGCUGUCGCGAUGGAAUGGAUGCUCUACCUUGUGGCUAAGAGCCCGCAAAUCCAGGAAAAGUUGCGCCGAAACCCCGAUUUCGUCAAACACGUUUUUAAGGAGACUUUGCGGCUUUACCCCGUUGCGCCCUUCCUUACAAGAAUUCUACCUGAGGAUGCCAUUUUGGGCGGUUAUGGGGUGCCGAAAGGCACCCUUGUCGUAAUGUCGAUUUAUACAAGCGGGCGUGACGGGCGCUAUUUCAAAAACCCGGGGCUUUUUCAGCCGGAAAGGUGGGACCGCAAGGAUGAGUUCUACAGCAGUGAGAUGAAAAAAGCGAGUCUGCCGUUUGCGAUGGGCUUGAGGGCUUGUGUCGGGCGAAAAGUGGCAGAGACUCAAUUGCAGAUGACACUUUUGAAGAUCGUUAAUAAGUUUGAAGUUGAGCUGGGGAACCAGAGGGAGGUCGAGAUUGUUUUAAAGAUGGUGGCGGUGCCCUCAGAACCGCUCCUACUAAAGUUUAAGAAACUGUGACUGACUUAUUGUUACCAAUGUAUUUUUAAGGUUUAAGUUAAUAAAGAUAGCACAACUUGACUUGUGAUAAUUGAG